CUAAAAACUCCAUUUUCCCGCCGAAGAUCACUGAAUCGUGUUGAGGCCGAGAUCGGCCGAGCUGCUGCUCUUGAUCUGAUCCAUUGAGCGACCAAUCUUCAGGGAGCAUAUGGCGCUACCAUUCAUCGUCCACGAUGUCCAGCGGCAUCCCCAGGCCAAGCCCUACCGAAGAACAUGUCUUCUUGCUGGAAAAUGUACCACAUCAGCUACAAGCGCCCGGGAAUUCUACGGGGCUCUGGAGCGCGGCGAGAUCACCACGGUCCUCGAGGAGGUACCGAUCGAGUUAUGGAGCUCCUUGAGUGUAAAUUUCCAGGAGAAUGUAAGGCGCUGCUCGAUUGAGCUCCACCGCGCGGCUAGUAGCGCGAGCGGCACGCCGCGCGUCCUCCGGCAGGAUCCCAGCAGGCAGAUCCAGUUAUUGAGGCGAUCGGGAUAG